AUGGACUUUGAUCACUUUAUCGGCCUUUGUGGCCAAUCGCUCUUUGCGGCGGAGUAUCUUGGGGACUUGGACGCUGCCGGAGAUUAUUUGCAACAGACCAGACCUGACAUAUCAGAGGUGGAGCCUGCUGUCUAUGCUGAGCACCUUCGUUGUUCGGCCAUCUACUCAGUACUUACUGGCAGACCAGCGGAUGCAUAUGAAAGUCUCGAAAUCUUAAAGGGCCUUCUAGACCAAAUACCGAAAGAAUGGGGCAUGCGAUACAGCAACUACAAGGUCUUGACCGACUCCAGCCGUCGCUAUCCCCCGCUAUUACCUUUUUAUCAUGAAAAUGGGAAACCGGUCAAUACUGCCAUGCUCGGAGACGUUAGCGGUCCCUUUGAGAUUCAAAAGAGCUUCAUGGACAAUUUCACCAUGCAUCUACCGUCCAGUUCACCCCGCGAUCAAGCACUAAGUCAAAUCAUGAAUGGUGUUCUCGGAUUUCCAAUGCGAGCAAGAAUUCUGACAUCCAAAUUUCACCCUCUUAGCCCCAUGGGCCGGGCGGUUGGCUCGCGAGAAGACAUACUUCCGGAAGUCGUCGAGGUGGCACAGCUUUUCCUCAAAUUUCGCGAUAUGGUGGAUUCCUACGGAGUGACCGGCAUGGGCACAUACAUGUUCAGACUUGUCGUGGAAUUGCACCUUACAAGCCAGAGUCCUCAGUCAGCGACGCUCUUGCAGGAGCUUUAUCAAAGAUGCGAAAGACUAGAAGAUUAUGCGGGAAUGGCCAAUACCAAAAUGCUGGAAGCGGACAGCCUGAUUAGCCCUCCAUUUGCAAGCCCCAUAACGCUGAACUUGAUUAUCGUCGAUGUCACCAGCUGUACGCAUAGUGAUUCUGUCUGGGAUCCGAUUGAGGCCGAUCUCACAUAUGAAUAUAUCACUCAGGCACAAGAACUGUAUGAGUCCGCCUUGACGUUUUUCCAACAAGCGAACAGCAAACGCGGACAAGCGGCAGUUUUGCUUCGACAAGGCUGUUGUCUACAUAACAAGGCCCGUCACGAGCGACUUCAGAACAAACAGGUACUCGAUCUACUUGGAGAGUCCGAGCUCAAAUUGCAAGAAUCUCUCAAAUUGUUUGGAAGGGAUGAAGCAAAUGCUCAACUUGUAAAGGCACACCUGAUCUUAACUGGUAUUACAAGGGGAAAUCCGGGCAACAUCAAAGCAAUAGCAAGGUCGAUUGGCGUUUGGGGCGUUGAAGCAAAGAACGAAAUAAUGGCUCAUUGUAUUGCAAUGAUCCUGUCUCGAUACGCCUAUCAAGAAUGGUUCAAGUUUUCAAAUAUGGACACCGCUUUGCUCGCAUGGGAGUGUGCCUACGAGAUCUGCGAGCCGCUUGGAGAUAUGAUUCCCUUGUUUCAAUCCGUGGUAUCCCGUGCGCACGUACAGCACGAAAUGUACAACGACGAUGCAUCUCAGAUCUUUAUUGAGGAGGCGCUAUCCAGGGUCGACAGGAUUAUCGAGUAUUUUGAUUCGACGAUUCAGUCCACCCCAGACACCCCCACAGGCCAGUUGGACCGUACGACGUUGAUGACCAGCAAGUUCAACAUGCUGUGGACAUUCAGCCGACAAGUGAACAGCAUCUACGUCCAGUGUGAGAAUUUGGAGAAAUUCAACGAAUGGAACGCCAAACUCUCUUAUUGGAUCGAGCAUGACGACAGCUUCGUUGCAUUUCGCGAAAGACUGGCUACCGAAGAGCUGGCGCAAUUGAAUCACCCGAGCCUCUCCUAUCCUCAGGGCAAGGUGAAGGACCUGUGGAAGAAGAAAUUGGCCAAUGACGCGGCCAGAGUGAGAUAUACUUCUGCGGAUCUCACCUUCCGUCGACUGUUAGAGGAAGGUGAUAUCCUGAAAGCGGAGAAAAAGCUUCGCGGGUAUGUGGACGAUACGUUGGAUCUAGAAAAGGGGUAUUGCAGAGAUCUUUACCGCGUCUUGGCAUGUGAGCGCGUUGGUGAUUCCGUCAAAGCCCGUGAGAUAUUUGACUCUAUGGAUGACAACGACUUGUUCGAUGAUAAACUCGAAGAGUUCCAACAAGGGAUUGGUGUUCGAACUAUGUUUGCUCUGAAUGCCCAGAAUGCAUUGACAUUCUCUGUAUUUUCAGACGACAAGGAACGAGCUCGUCGAGUUAUCGAUAUCAUCAUCGGGAUCUGGCCUACCUUCUUUGAAAAGAUGAGCGAGAGUGCACUUGACUUUGCCCAACGAAUCAGUUGCUACGCACAUAUCAUGAAAGAUGAAGAGCCGGAGAUUUGCUUUGGCAAGCUACUUGAAGCUCGUCAAAUCGUCGAGACUCGUCGGACCCAGACGAAAGACUUGGAUGCUAAGAUUGGUAGUUCCAGCCAACGGUGGACUAUAGAUAUGUUUAUGAACCUCGCUCGUCUUUGUUUACGAUGGGAAGAAGCAGGGACUCCGGUGAGCUUUAUAUCGAGAUAUCAGCAUGGCCACUUUGACAACAUUUCUUGGUCUGAACAUGCUCUACUGUUCAUUGAGAUGAGUAGAGCACGCACUGUGCUCGAGUCUUUACAGUCCCAAGCCACUCAAGGUCCUGGAAUAAUUGAAGUUUCUGAUACCGCGCCACUUUCAGAAGCAGUUCACAAAAGACGACUUUUGAGAUCAUUGCUUGCUCUGGGAAAAUUGAGCCCGGAACAGGAACAGGAGGUUUCGCAACUGCGCAAGGAUAUUGACGAAUUAGAGAAAGACGGAAAUCUCUCUAAUGCGACUACCUUCAUUGAGACCGUCAACUCCACUAUUGAGCCAAAGCUGUUGUAUCGAAGCAUCGAUGAAAAUGCCGUGGUGAUAGAAACCACUUUUAGUCCCCGUGGAUUCAUUUCGUUCGCAGUAACACGGGACGGCAUUGAAAAGGUACAUCAAGGACUAACCAACAUCAUUGCUAUUCGGAGGCCUGCUAUGCAGGUAAUGCAUAUCAUGCGAAAUAUGACUGGAUACAUUGGAGAAGAAGAGGAAGCUCGCAAAAAGGCUCAAAAUGUACUGUCCGAGGAAAUAUCCGCCGUACUACUGAAACCUUUUGAAGAAAUCAUCCGCACCAAGUCGCACGUCAUCUUCUCGGUAUCUAACCCGAUGACGGCGUUCCCAUUCUCUGCCCUUUUGUUCGACGGAAAGCCACUCAUCAUGCACGCGGCGGUCUCGCAGACUCCCAGCCUGACUGUCCUCCAUCACCUCGCACAGAGGAAAUCGGCGUCGACGACGCCGACGGUAUCCGUCCUGGCCAAAUCACCCACAGAAAGACCUUCCGAAGACGCAACUCGAAGUAAUCAAGAAGUCAACCUCCACAUGGCAGGUAUCGAGGCUGUAAAUAUAUCGUCCUUAUUUUCUACAUGGCCAGUCGAGGCCUCUCAGAUGACCAGAGAGGAUUUCCGCGAGUAUGUCAAGGGCGGCUCCUUGAUCAUGCAUAUCGGAACCCACGGCGAUAUCAACCACCGCAAUCCACUGCUCUCGUCGAUUUCGAUUGGAGACGGCCAAGAAUUCCGAGUCAUCGACAUGUCUGCCAUCCGCAGCAACGUCAAUCUUCUCGUAUUUGCAGCUUGUCUCAGCGGACUUGGCAAAACGUCUUUCGGCAGUGAAGUUCUUGGAUUCUCCCAUGUUGUUCUAAGCACUGGCUGCCAGGCUUACAUUGGUUCUCUUUGGAAAGUCAGCGAUUUCGGUUCCAUGCUGAUUAUGACGCUGUUCUAUCGCCAUUUGAGAAAUAUGCCGCAUCUUCCCGUGGCAGAGCUCAUGAGGAAGGCUCAGAUAGACCUUUUGCAGCUUGAUGUUGAGAAAGCCGGCAAGCUCUUGGAUUGGAUGUUGGAGAGUUGGAGUUCUACAGAAGUGGAGGGCAAACGUCCGGCUGAUUUCGUGCCCGAUGCGGAGUUUUUGCUGAUCACCCUGAAGAUGAUCAUCGAUCAGUUGGACUGGUCUAGUCCGUUCUACUGGGCACCGUUUGCCCUGGUCGGGUAUGGAGGUUUCCGUUUUGUGCAUGAUGGUGUUUAG